AUGGGAAGGAAGAGGAUUGUCUCCUGUACCUGGUUUUGCCCAUUUUGUGCCUUGACCACUUGCUUCUCCACAGCUGCUCUCCUCCACAAGGCCUACCGUGGAGGCCGCCUGACCAUCCGUCUCGCCCUGGGCGGCUGUACCAACCGGCCUUUCUACCGCAUCGUGGCUGCUCACAACAAGUUCCCCAGGGAUGGCCGCUUCGUGGAGCAGCUGGGCUCCUAUGACCCGCUGCCCAACACCCACGGAGAGAAGCUCGUGGCGCUCAACCUGGAGCGGAUCCGGCAUUGGAUCGGCUGCGGGGCCCACCUCUCCCAACCCGUGGAAAAGCUGCUGGGCCUUGCUGGUUUUUUCCCUCUGCAUCCCAUGGUGAUCACAAAUGCUGAGAGGCUUCGGCGGAAACGGGCACGUGAAAUCCUCUUAGCAUCUCAGAAAACAGAGACAGAGGCUACGGAAACAGAAGCAAGCUGACGUCAGUGAGCACAGCAGCAAGAUCAAGGUCAAAGUCGUCUUCAGACACUUGUGCAGAGUUCUUAUUAGAUUUAGAGGUCAAUAAAUGGCGUUUUCCAUGUCA